CAAGAAUUUUAGCCCGAAAUUUGCCAGGCGGCAGCUGAUUAGGGUUGUCGCUCAACUAGCGAUGGGACUCAGUUUAUUGUGGCGGAUUUAGUACUUGUUUAUUGUCAAUUAAAAAUGUGCUUGUGAAUCGAAGGCAGGAAAUUAAAAUUAAAAUGAAUCGGUUAAGCUUUAUACUGCCCAUCUUGGCCUUAAUGUGGAGCCAGGAGGCGGCGGCCACUAAACUGCAGGCCAGUGUGGGGGAGCUCUUCACGUACAAAAUCGAGCCGCAGCUCUUCAAUUGGACACAUCAGGUCAUCAGCGAACAGUUUCGCUAUCGUCCCUCGCUGAUGAACUAUCCAGAUCUGCCCAGUUGGAUGCGAUAUAUGUAUAGCCAUGAGUACCAUGCCGGGUUCCUGUACGGCACACCGCCGGAAUCAGCGGCUGGCAAGGAUAUCAGCCUGGAUGUGGUGGCCUUAAAUCGCCAGAAUUACGAAACUCGUCGCAUUGUGUUAGCCAUGUUCGUGGCCCACAAGUUUCCCACACCAAAUGUCGUCCAGAUGAAGAUCGACAACUUGAACUGGGUGCAUCUAAUGGAUCCUGGGCGGGUGGAGAAUCUGCGCAAUAUAUUCCGAAAGGAUCUGUGGCCAAACAGCAAAGAGGACUUGAGUGUGGUCUUUAUGGAAUCGGCUGUGAAUAUGGGAGGACGCUUACCUCUGCGUCCGCAGCAACGUGAGGGAGUCAUUGUUCAUGUAGGCAGCUUUGCCCAGUUCUCACCCCGUCUAAAGGAGCUCCAGGAGGAAGUGCGUCCUCUGUAUAAACUUCCAUCCUGCACCUAUAAGCGCACCUCCGUCCAGAAAAUCUUUGAGAAUGUGGGCUUCAAGCUGGACUGGUGUGCCUUUCGAAUGGUGGGCGUGGAAUCCCCCACGGAGAUUCUCUACCACAGCGGCAAGCAGAAUGAGCAGCAGGCGGCAGAGGAGCAACCCAGGCAGGAGCAGCAGGAUCGCUGGAUGGGAAUCUCAAGGGAGGAUGUGCCCGUGCGGAAUUACAUCGAUGAGUUUGCCUUUGCCUUUGCCAUUCCAGGCAUGAUCUUUGCCAUCUUAAUAGGAAUGCUGUCGGCGGUGUUGUGUUUCCAGCACGAGAAGUUUUCCGAUCCGCAUUCUGAGUUUUUCUUUGCCAACAUUUUCCACAUCUGCGAAGAGUCCUGUGCGCCCAGCGCGUCAAGCGAUUCUGAUCCGGAUGAUGGUUCUGAGAGCUCUUCAAACUUGGAUUAUCCCAUGUCCUCGACGGUUCAGAUGGUCCAGUGCUCGGAUAGCAAAUCCAAUCAACCCAUAACCACCUUGAAGAGCCUGAAAGAUCCAAAUUUCCUUCUGGAUAAUAUCAGUAUGCGAUCUCAGAGUCCCAACAACAGCUUUUAUCAGUUGGACUGUGGCACCUCUAGCAUUUAUGCUCGCCCCAAGCCUCCUCCUUACAAGGGCGGCACUUUAGGCCGGAAUGGUGUGGAUAUUUGACAAACAUCCCCUCGUGUCCUCUACUGCUAAAAACAGCAGGCAAAUUUGGAUCUGAAGCGUUGGAAUAUUAACAAUAAGCAAUAUAGACGAGGAGCGUUAUCACAAUUGCAUUAAAAAAAAUACUUACACCUGCCGAAACAUAGACAA